AUGCCAUCUUCUACGAGUACGAUGAACGCGUCUUCCGAACCCAACAAGAUAACACUUCAAGAAUUGCAGGAACAUGACGGCAUCAAAAACCCUCGUUUAUGGGCAGUCCUCUAUGACCAUGUGUAUGAUUUAACGGACUUUGCAAGCGUGCAUCCGGGUGGGGAAGAAAUGAUUCGGAGUGCUUGUGCAAGAGAUGCCACUGCCUUAUUUGAGUCCUACCAUUUAUCAUCUUCCAUCAUUGCCAAGAGCUAUUUGAACAAUAAGAAGAGCCCAAGUAAAUCCAUUAAAUAUGUGGGAGAGUUUGAUGUUGAGAGUGCCAAAGUGUCUACCAACAAUUCAAGCGACGAGCUUCCGAACGAUGCAGCCAUCAAAUUUACUUUCCAAUCUCCAUUGAGCAGCAUAGAGAAUGGACAACAACGAAACAUUUAUGAAAUCAUGAAACAAAGAAUUAGGGAUCAGCUAAUGAAGAAGCCUGAUUUCAAGAAUAGAAUCCGGAAAGUGGAUGGCUUGAGGUUGGUGAAUGCAAUUUUCAUUAUUGGAGGUUUGCUCAUUUGCCAACUCGCUUCUCAAUACAUUCCUUCUCUUCCUUUGGUGGUGGUUAUUGCUUUGGGAGCACUUGCUGGACUUUUUCAUCAUCUAACAAUGGUUCAUAUCUUGCAUGACGUCGGUCAUGGUUCAUUCACCAACAAUACUAGGUUUUGGAAUUGGUUUGGAACAUUUGGUAGCUAUAUUUUAGGUCAAUCGUUUUAUUGUUGGACCAUUAGACAUAAUGUGGCUCAUCAUGUGUAUACCAACAUGAGCGAACUGGAUCCAGAUGUUGGAGUCUACGAAUGGAACAGAUAUUUAGAAGCAACGAACACAAAUGCUACAACUAAGGUACCUGCUAAAGUUAAAUCAAGUAGCACCGAUAGAGCUGCUGAUGAAGUUAAUGUAGUGUCGAAAAUGUAUGAGGAACCAAAAGAUUACAAAUCUGUUCCAGUGAACAUCAUGGCCAAAACUGGGUCUUUUUCGAGUCUCCCUUUGUUAUACGCAUCCCUGAUCUUUUAUAUGCAACUGGUUGACUUUGUUCAUUAUUGGACUAGACAUGUGAGCGAAGGAGUCACUUUUGCUUCAUCAACAUUAAGUUGGACUACAUUUCAUUUCUACUUGUCAAAGAUAGUUUUUGUGGUUUAUAGAACUAUUCUACCAGGAUAUCUAUUUUACAAGAGUGGAGGAGUUAUUGGAAGGUCAACAUUAGAAGCACUACUUGCAUUUGUUGCCACAGAAGUUGUUGCUGGAAUUUUGUUUGGCUUUUUAUCUCAAAUUAAUCAUAUUAGUGAAAAAUGUGCUUGGCCCUCGAACGUAUUGAAUGAAAUGGUUGAAAACUCCAAUGGAAAUGGUGACUUGGAUUGGGCUGAAAUUCAAGUACGAACAUGCAUUGAUUAUUGCCAUGACAGUUACUUGUGGACUUAUUUAUCCGGUUUCUUAAAUUACCAAGUCAUUCAUCACUUGUUUCCAGGCAUUAAUCCUUGGUUGUAUCCAACACUUUUGCCAAUUGUGAAGCAAGUAUGCAAGGAAAAUAGCGUUCCAUACACAAUUUAUGAUAAAUUCUCAGAUGCUCUGGAGAGUCAUGUUCGCCAAUUGACUCUCUUUUCAAAGAAGCAACUUUUGAACAAUACCCUUUGA